UCUUCGGCAGUUGCAACCCUCGUACAGUUAUAAAAGUAUAUAAAAUAAGCAGUCCUAAAAGCUUUAGCGAGCAGUAGUCCUAAAAGCCUUAGCUAUAGCAGCUCUGAGAUGGCAGUAACAGUGCGAGUGUCUCAUUAACUGGUCCUGACGUCGCAGUGGUCGGGGGAAGAUUUUCAAACGCACAUCUGGAUUACGGGACACCGCAAGCACAGACAAGCAGCAGAGUUUCUCUUACGGCCAGCAUGCUUCUGUUUAAAUUUGUAUGCGCGAUUAUAACUAGAUCACUGUUCAUUCUUGUCUCUUUAAUUGGAGUCUGGAGAGUAACGCGGGUGAAAAAUGAUAACUUAUACUGGUUAUUAACAAUCCUCUAUGUCCCGCUUGUCGCGGAAAUGAUCAUAACUUUAAGAAGAAGAAAAGGCCAAGGUUAUAAAUGGUUUUCUCCAGCCAUCCUCUUUUUUCUCAUCAGCAUUAUUCCAUCUAUAUGGAUUCUGGAAUUACAUCAUCACGAAAACAAGUCCAGCGAUCCACAGUGUAAGAAGCUGGACUCAUGGGACAACAUUAGGAGCAUGGUGGAGUCUUUCAACCGCACGCUGGGGAACCAGACACUGAAGGAUUUGGAGGACCUCCUUUUCUCCGUCUGUGCCAACGACUGGAUGCUUUCUCUUCAUCAAGUUCUGCUCAUCCUCCUCAUCCUUGGAAAGUGGCUCCUACCCCUGGGGGACGGUCUCACACGUGAUGAGCUGUCACAGUUGCUGCUGAUCUUCGUUGGCAUAGCAGCAGACAUUCUGGAAUUCACCAGCGAAACGCUCUCCGAUGUUAAGGAGCUCCACCCACAGUUGGUGUACAUCAUCCUGAGUGUGUGGACAUGGAGCAUGUUUCAAUUUCCGCUCCACCUGGCAGUGGUGCCCUCCAGACCGCAAGAGUCCUUUGAGGCUGGAGGAGAAGUUGUCCCCAGAAAUACCCUACUGGCAAGACACAGCACAGAUAUCUGGAACGUCGUGGAGAGCCUCUUCAUCCAGGAUGGACCCUUCCUCAUCGUACGCCUUACCGUCAUCAUCUACUUCAAAAUCUUCCACCAGAUGCUGGUGUUCUUCACCAUUAAGAACUUCCUGGUGGUUGCUCUCAACAUCUACAGACUCAUUGUCAUCUGCCAGGACGUCCAUCCUGCUUCCUCACCCUCUUGUAACUCACCUUGAUGGAGGGAAAAAGAGAGGGAAUCUAAUUCAGGGUUGUUGUUUUUUUCCCCCUCUCUAUUCCUGGGAAGCCACUGCUCUUACCUCGUAAUAUUACCUGAUUUAUGUCAUCACUUAAUUAUCAAGCCUUUCAUUGGUUGGAGCAGGUGUGUUUUGGUAGGGAACAGGGACCUGGUUGGAGAUGGAAAUCUGUCCCCAUCUACCACUGUCUCUGACAUUCCAGACACCAUCCCCACCCUGUCUCUGCAUGCUUUAACACCACUUCAUCUCCAUGACGACUGAAAGACAAAUGUUACUCUGUAGCGGAAUUUGACGUAUUGUAGUUUCAUUACCAUUUGAUUACCAUUUUCAGCAGGGUUAACACACAUUUGAUUUCUAUCCCUGAAGAAUUUCCCUGUUCUUGCUGUUGCUGUGGGAAUAUUCACAUUUUUUCCAAAAAUAAGUGGAAGUCCAUGGAACUCAAAUGUUAUUCCCAUCAUUAUCAAUCCCAAACAAUUCUCAAGAUGAGAAAAGACUUCAGAUUACACAGGACACUGCAACACAUUGCAACUCACUGCAGGAAUGUUUUGGCGUUUUGUAGACGUUACACAUUCUGAAUUGUGGUUGUGGGAGACCACCCACUCUGCACACACACUUGUGCCUUCCCCUGUGUUAAUGUGCCAGACUCCACAAGUUCGUAACCCCAACACAGUGUGUGUGUGUGUGUGGUGGGGGAAGGAUGUUUAGGUGGUAGAGCAGGUAUGAGAGGUGCAGUGUGGGUGUGAUGUGGGGCUGCACUAUGAGUGACUGUUUUACACAUUCUUAUGCUUAAUCGGAUUGUAUUACAUGAUGUUUGUAUUAGAUGGAGUUUGGGUUUUUCUAUUUACUACCCGAAUAAGACCAAAACAUUUAAAAUAUUUUUGAUCAGUACAAUACUGUAGUGUUUGUAUUAUUGUCUUGUGAAGCACUGAACUUAUGUAAGCAAAAAAGCCUCCUUCCCCCGAACAUAUAAAGGCCGUUACAUGGUUAACUCCCUCACAUGUGACCUGGCCUGAUAACAGAAAGUGUGUGUGUGUGUGUGUGUGUGUGUGAUGAGCUAUAUUGUGUGUUCGUGAAAGCCAAUAUAUUCUCUUUGUAACACUGUUGUCAGCCUCUGUGACUGUAAACACUAAAGUAAAUGUGUGUUUGUGCAUGCAAUAUGUUUAUCAGUGGUCUGUCAUUCCUCUUUUAAUUUUUGUGUCUCUCCACAUACACACACACAUACACACCCUUCUGUUGACACCUACUGCUCUUGCUUUGUUGCUGUAGUAGGAAAAUGCCCAAACCAUCAUUACUGCAGCCAUAGUCUCCAAUGGUCUGGCAGCAUGAGCGGGUCCAGAAGAGUUUAUCACCAAAUCAAAGCUGGAAAUGAACACACAGCAGCCGGCAUGCCUACUUCAGGGGAGCAAACCCUUGGACACAGGAAACGCUAACUACUGAAGGAAGAAAACUUUGUGGCUGUCUGGAUGUCCCCUUUUUGUGUAAUCAGUUAUUUUAGGUUUUGAUUUUGUGUAACCUUUACUUUAAACUUGCUAAAUAUGGUUUAUUUCAUGUGAGCAUUUAAAAAUAAAACUUGCAAUAAUGCUUAUAUAAGUUUAGAUUUUGUAGAAUGCAGAAGAACAGUAUAUGGUCUGUUUUUUUCCAUGCAAGUGCUCAGAUGUAUAACUUUUAUAGAAUGCAAAUACACUAAAUUAAUUGUCAUUUCCAAAAACA